AUGAUAAGCGCCGAGGCACCCAUUCUUUUUGCAAAAGGUUGCGAUAUAUUUAUAACAGAAUUAACAAUGCGAGCGUGGCAUCAUGCUGAAGAAUGCAAGCGAAGAACUUUACAAAGAUCUGAUAUCGCAAACGCAAUAAAAAAAGUUGAUAUGUUUGACUUUUUAAUAGACAUUGUCCCAAGAGAAGAGAAGGUUUCUGUCAAAAACGACAAGAUGGAUUAUCAAGAUCAAAGUCAAUAUCCUUAUGGAUUGGGAAUGCCUCAGAGUGGACAUCAAUUCAAUCCUUCGCCUAGUAUGCCUGUUGACCAUAAAAUAAUAGUGGAUCCUAUGACAUUGCAUGAACAACAGGUACCAUCUUAUAGAGCUCAACCUCGUCCGCCGUACGCUUCUGUCCCGACCGAUGUGUCAGCAGGACCAUCUGUCAGACAAGUUACAACAGAACAAUCUUACCACCCUCCUUAUUAUCAUCAUCAGCCUUCAAUACAAAAUUUUCAAGAACCUCAUCACCGCCAGCAACAACAAGCACCUUCGCAGCAUCAAAUACAUCGUCAAUCUGAUCACAAUCCAGUUCAGGUGAAAUACGAAUUCGAAUCAUCGGCUGCAAGACCUGUCGAUUGGUAUUCUCAGCAAAAUACACAGUUAACAAAUAACGGACAUACCCACGGACAGAGUGGAUAUGUUCAAGGGAGUUCUCAAGUUAGUAGUAGUCAUGGGUACGGACAACCGUUAAGUCAAUCGUCCCACGACUAUAAUCAUGAAAGUACCAGUAUGCAUUUAACGCGUCAUGACGAAAGUUAUGUUCGAGGUGGUGGCGUACAACGAAAUUAA